CAACGACGCUUGUCUGUAUAUUCCAUCGCCAUCGGUCUAUUUUCGCAGCAACUCUGUCCUCAUUGGCCUGCCUAAUUUCCAUCCGAUAGAUAAGCCCUCACUCCCCCUCUCUCUCUCUCAGCUGUAUCAUCGUCUGCGACGUUGAUUGUAUCGCGAAGCUGAGAGAAAUAUUUUGGCUGUUGGAUUAUGGCGACUGCGAUCGUCAAUGUGCCGAGCAAUGUGGGAGCGGUGAAGGGUUUGGAUUGCCAGAGCUUCGUUGGCCUCAGACCAUCACCAAAUGUGAGGAGCUUCAACUGCGUUCGGACCGCGAAAAAGAGGGGUCCUGGUCGCUUCGCAAUAAGAGCGAGCGAGUCGCCGCGCGAUGGACCCCUUAGAAAGCUUGGAAGGAGCGACGCCGAGUGCGAAGCCGACGUGGUGGCCGGAAAUGUGCCAGAAGCGCCGCCAGUGCCGCCCAAGGCGGCUGCACCUGCUGGGACUCCCGUGGUCCCUUUACUUCCACUAAGUCGGCGUCCUCGUCGAAACCGGAAGUCACCUGCAUUAAGAGCAGCAUUUCAGGAAACAACCUUAUCGCCUGCUAAUUUUGUUUAUCCACUUUUCAUACACGAAGGUGAGGAGGACACCCCUAUUGGGGCUAUGCCUGGAUGUUAUAGGCUUGGGUGGAGACAUGGACUUGUGGAAGAGGUUUCAAAGGCCAGGGAUGUUGGUGUUAAUAGCAUUGUUCUCUUUCCUAAAGUUCCGGAUGGUGUGAAGUCUCCUACAGGUGAUGAAGCAUACAAUGAUAAUGGUUUGGUGCCUCGAACUAUUCGGCUGCUUAAGGACAAAUAUCCUGAUCUUGUUAUCUACACUGAUGUUGCUUUAGAUCCCUACUCAUCUGAUGGGCAUGACGGUAUUGUCCGAGAAGAUGGAGUUAUAAUGAAUGAUGAGACAGUACAUCAGUUAUGUAAACAAGCUGUUUCCCAGGCCCGAGCUGGAGCAGAUGUUGUCAGUCCCAGUGAUAUGAUGGAUGGUCGUGUAGGAGCAAUUCGAGCCGCUCUUGAUGCUGAAGGAUUUCAUGAUGUUUCUAUCAUGUCGUAUACAGCAAAGUAUGCAAGUUCAUUCUAUGGUCCCUUUCGGGAAGCACUGGACUCAAAUCCUCGUUUUGGUGACAAAAAAACUUAUCAGAUGAACCCAGCAAAUUAUAGAGAAGCAUUGGUUGAGUCCCAUGAAGAUGAAUCUGAAGGAGCUGAUAUUCUCUUGGUGAAACCUGGUCUGCCAUAUUUAGAUAUCAUAAGGUUACUCAGGGAUAACUCUUCUUUACCAGUUGCGGCUUAUCAGGUUUCUGGUGAAUACUCAAUGAUUAAAGCUGGUGGAGUGCUCAAGAUGAUUGACGAAGAAAGGGUGAUGAUGGAGUCACUGAUGUGCUUACGAAGGGCAGGCGCUGACAUCAUCCUCACAUAUUUUGCACUUCAAGCUGCUAGAUGUUUAUGUGGUGAGAAGAGGUGAGAGUGGUAAACUCCGACAUUGUUAGUUGUGAAAGAACCUGAAUUAGAUUUCACUGAUUUGCAAGAAUUCUUUGUCUAUAUUCAAGCUGAAAUUUGAAAGACAAGGCUUUAAUAUUAUGGUACCGUGAUUGACCAAAAUAUAUAGAGUUACUUUAUGCAAUGUAAAAUGGUACGAUGAAGUUGUACUUUUGAAAUGAGUAUUUAAUGUAUUGUCCAGUUUCUUCUUGUU